AUAGAAUAAAAAUAAAAGUCUGCGUUGGUAGCCCGAACAAACGAGAAAUCGAGAGGCUAGGGUUUGUGAUUCCAACAACAAAGGAGCAAAAGAUGAUCGAGGUGGUGCUCAACGAUCGUCUGGGGAAGAAAGUAAGGGUUAAGUGCAACGAAGAUGACACGAUCGGCGAUCUGAAGAAGCUCGUGGCGGCGCAGACCGGAACGCGAGCGGAGAAGAUUCGAAUUCAGAAGUGGUACAACAUCUACAAGGAUCAUAUCACUCUCAAGGACUACGAGAUCCACGACGGCAUGGGCCUCGAGCUCUACUACAAUUAGGCGAACCGGAGGUGCAGUGAGCUGAAGGAAUGUUGUUGAUUUGCACACCUCCAUAAAUAAAAUAAAAAAUAAAAACAAAAAGUACGUCUGUAAAAUUGGCUAAUUGGUUCCUGAUUAUGUAUGCUUUGGUAAACUAAAAUCAAAUGUGUGGUAAUAAGCUACUCUUUCAACUUUUGUCUUUGGUACUUUUAAGAA